UCUCUCCACCACCAAGCUUGCAGCAGCAGAGACCAUGGAUAUUACCAUUCAACACCCCUGGUUCAAACGAGCUCUUGGGUCCUUAUUUCCAAGCCGUUUGUUCGACCAGUUUUUCGGAGAAGGUCUUUUUGAGUACGAUCUCCUGCCUUUGUUUUCUUCUACUAUCAGCCCUUACUACAGGCAAUCUCUGUUCCGCAGUGUUCUGGAGUCAGGUAUUUCUGAGGUAAGAUCUGACCGGGACAAGUUUACAAUCUUUUUGGAUGUAAAACAUUUCUCCCCUGAAGAUUUGAGUGUGAAGGUCAUUGAUGACUUUGUGGAAAUCCAUGGCAAACACAAUGAGAGACAGGAUGACCAUGGGUAUAUUUCCCGUGAAUUCCACCGUAGGUACCGCCUCCCUUCCAAUGUGGACCAGUCAAUCAUCACCUGCUCUCUGUCCGCUGAUGGCAUGCUGACCUUCUCUGCUCCCAAGGUCCAGUCCAACACGGACCCCAGCCACAGUGAGAGACCCAUUCCUGUAUCCCGUGAAGAGAAGCCAACCUUGGCUCCUUCUUCUUAGGCUGAAUCUGCUGCUGCUGCUGAAGCAUCCAGGCUGCCCACCACUUGCAGGCCUCAUUCACAGAGCCAUUACAUAGAUAUCAGUGAAUAUCUAGAAGGGUUUCUUUUUGUUCUAAUUUUUCUCUUGGAUGGAAUGAGAGGCUGGGCGAGCAGCUAGAGGACUUUGAAGCUUAAGCCUAACACACUGUGAUGUCAAGGAUGACAUGAAAGAUGAGGUGUGCUGCAGGAGCUGACGUACUUGCUGAAAUGGUCUAGGUGCUGUGCUAGAUCUGAUAACAUCUGCCAAGCCCAAACAAAGCACCAGGCAGCAUUAGCUCUCAAUGCAUCAAUUGUUAAAUGUUCAGUUGGUGCAGCAAAAGCAACAGUAAAGACUUGUUUUAUCCUAAAGUAAUUAUGAGGCAGAAGCAAGGGAGAGCUAAGCUGAUUACUGAGAAAAAAGAACCAGAAAGAGAGAGGGUGACACUUACAAUGAAUGUACCAAGCCCUCUUUAGAGUAAAAGAAGAAACAACAACACAAAGCGUUUGGGGAUUGUAACAUUUUUUCAGCAAGGUUUUUUAUUUUUAAAGUAUAUCCAUUUACAUCCAGUGCAGUGUCAUCUAUUCUUAGUGACAACUGAUGCAAGGACAGGCACGUUUCUCCAUUGUCUUUGCAGACCCCUCUGGGUCCAUCACAGUGCUGACGCUUCAAACCCCUAUCGUGCUCUCCCUAGGCCUGCGUGUAUCACACCAUCUUCCUUAAUCUUGCUGUAAUUCUAACAUAGCUCCACCUGUACUACUGAUAUCUGGCACACAAUCUGAGAACUCAGUCAGUGGCAGUCAAUAAAGAAAACGAAACAAGCAA